AUGAGCCCCCUCGAGACCGCCACCACGAUCUUGACCAUCAGAUCAACAGCUGCUUCCUCGUUGACCUCCCUCAACAUCGCCCCGGCCCAGCCAUCCUCUCGCGCUCAAGUCUGCCGCGAUGAGCAAGUGUUGUCAAGCCCUUCAGCAGCAGUCUGCUCCCACCAACCUCCGCACUCUGUCGUCGACCUCGUCUCUCUCCGGCACCCCGCCGCCAACCUGCUCGCAACCGGCCCACCCUCAUCCACCACCAAUGUUCCGGGUCCUCCCCUUCCCCUCUCUCUAGCUCAAUUGACAAUCGGACAGAUCAGCCAGCCUCCCCUUUUGUCUCCUCGAGCAGACAAGCUGGGGAAAUUGUCCGAGUCCCCUGUCUUUUCUCUUUCUGCAAUCAGACAACCGGACGGGACAAUCAUCCGUCCCCGCCUCUUCUCUCUAGGCCCGACGGCCGCGUACCAACCUCUCCAUCUCCUCGACGCUCCGACCACCAACAAGAGCCUACAACCUUAA